AUGCAGCAGUCCGUGGCCUGCAGAGUUCACAGUCAAAGGGAUACUAUUAGGAAGGAGGAAGGAGAGCACAAGAGGAGGGGUACAAGAAAAGGAAAUGGGGUUGGUGGAUAUGAUCAAAGGGCCAGAGGAAACACAGCACUGUCAGACCCAGGAACUCCUGACCAACACCAGGCCAGUCAGACCCACCCCCCUUUUCCAGUUGGGCCACAGCCUCUUCUGACCGCACAGCAGUUAGCCUCCGCUGUGGCAGGGGUGAUGCCGGGCGGCCCCCCACCCCUCAACCAGCCCAUCCUCAUCCCCUUCAACAUGGCCGGACAGCUAGGUGGUCAGCAAGGCCUGGUCCUCACACUGCCCACAGCAAAUCUCACCAACAUCCAAGGACUGGUAGCAGCAGCUGCAGCUGGAGGCAUUAUGACCCUGCCGUUGCAAAACCUACAAGCUACCUCAUCCCUGAACUCCCAACUGCAACAGCUCCAGCAACUCCAGCAACUCCAGCAGCAGCAGCAGUUAGCUUCCAAACAGAAUGACUGUGAUGCCAGCACAGAGAUGUAG